UAAAUUUCUAUGUGGCUCUCUUCUUCGGCAGCAACUCCGGAUAGCCCACCUCGUGAGACUGUACAGGGAAAUGAUGGCCCAAGCCAACCCGCAAAUUCUGCCUGCAUAGGGAAAUACUUCUCAUCAAGCGAAAACCUUGGAAGACGGCGCACCUACACACCCCAAAAAGCAUAGUUCAAGAUGGCCGAUAGUCAAUAUGCCAACACCAGUGACGUCAAAGUCAAGCCACGUGUCUUUCGAGUCCGGAAUCUCCCAGCACAUGUCGAUCGGCUUUCUGCUGUCGAGCUUCUUUGCCAGUCCAUUGACGGUGUGACAGCCCAAGACAUACGUUUAUCUUCGCUGGCCUAUGAUUCGUGGUCUCGGUUCGGAACCAAGACAGCUACAGCUACCAUCACUAUACACGUGGAGGUACCAGGCCUCGAUUCUAGGCUUGUAUGUGGUGAAUGCACUAUUUCAGUAACAGGGCUUUCAAAGCCUUUGAUUAUCGAUCACCACUUCCAAGGCAUAACGCCGCUGAAUCACGUGCCCGAAGGUGAACAUAAGUUUGAUUGUCUUGUCAUAUCAGGACUUGCUAGCCAUCCCUUUGGCUCGUGGCAGACCCACGGCCACGAUAAAUCGUUCAUGUGGAUCAGGGACGAGCUGCUGCAGAGGUUACCAGGCGUACGCUUCCUGGUUUAUGGAUACGAUACAACGCUUGGCGACAGCAAGUCGUUUCAACUGAUUCCAGACUUAGCCGUCUCACUGGUUGACACUGUGAAAUCAAUCGGCUGGUCCACACCUUCGGCGAAACCCGUACUCUUUCUCGCUCAUAGCCUGGGUGGCGUCGUUCUGAAGCAGGUGCUGGUGAUUCUUGCUGGGGGUGGGAGUGACGAGUGGUCAAUUCUGACGAAGACGAAGGGUGCUAUCUUCUUUGGUGUUCCAAGCCAAGGCAUGAGUAUCCCGGAUAUCUUCGAAAUGUUGGGAGAUCAGCCAAACAAGGCUCUCGUCAAAGACCUCUCUGACCAGUCAAACUUCCUUCCUAGACUGGAUGAGCAGUUUGGAAACAUAUCUUAUCUUCGGAGACUUCAAUUCUUCUGGGCCUACGAGACAAAGGUGACGCCAAUCGUAGAAAAGGACUUCGCUACCGGGAGAUUUUCCAGAACAGGCCCUGGAACGGUCAUGGUGUCGAGAGAGUCCGCAACCAGGCAUCUCUGUCGCUCGCAGCCGUCAUUGACCGUUCAGAUAGACGAGAACCACUCUGACAUGGUGAAGUUCGGUAUAGGGAGUAAAUAUAUUGGGAUAAUUGCGAGCAAAUUAGGGACUAUCUGCGCGAUGCCUGAACACACAACCGCGCAGUUUCCGUCGGAACCGAGUCGGAAGCUCGAUGAAAAUGCUCUUGCGGGUCCUACAGCGACGUCGAAACGAAUGCAGAAUCCACCAGGCAAACUUCAAUCCGAGAGAAAACCAAUUUCACAACCAGAAUCGAAGAUACCGGGAUUUUGGUCUCAUAAUGACAUCGUGAUGUCAUUUAAGGCCCCGGAACGAGAUCGUCGGCUGGAGCAGAUCAACCAGAAGGUAGGAGACACGUUCAACUGGGCUUACGACGAUUCAUCCACCGGCCUCAGCCAAUGGCUUCGAGCAGGAACUGGCAUAUUCUGGAUCCACGGAAAGCCAGGGAGUGGCAAGAGUACCCUGAUGAAGUAUCUUUUCCAGGAUCCGCGCACAGAAGAACUUCUCCGAGCUGGCAGCUGGCAGUCAAGGGCACAUUUGACAACAGCGAGCUUUUUCUUUCACCACCGAGGAACUGACAUACAGAAGUCCUUCGAGGGUCUUCUGAGAAGCCUAUUGAGUCAAAUCUUGGAACAGCAUGAAUCUCUCUCGCCACUCCUGCAUUCGAUUCUCGAGGAUCAGUAUCGAUCUUUAAUUGCCUCUGAGGGCCUUGCCAGCUUCGAGGAGGACGUUUGGGACCUUUUGGGUCGCUUUGGAGUUUCUAUUUCUUCCGAAGUCAUCCAAAUGGUUGAAGAAGUUGUUGUUGUGCAAGUGAGAAUGACCGAGAAUCGACGACUCGGGGCACACCUGAUGUCCAGGUUCAGAGACAUCGGGGUCAACAUGGAUUCAACUUUUGAGGGCCAACCUUUGGAAGACUAUGAGAUAAUGUCGAGGGCCGCUACCAGUCCAGGACAAUACCAGCGUCAAGUGGCAAAAUCUCAGUCAUCUGACCCAGAGAGUUGGGAAGCGGCGCUGGGAAACACUUUGAAGCGCCAUUAUCGACGACAAACACUAAAGGCUGAGAUGUUGUGCUCCAGAGCCAGCCUAGAGGAGUGUUUUCGUCGAUUAAUCGGGCAAUCUUUAUUCAAGAUGGACCUCUUCCUCUUUUUGGAUGCUUUGGAUGAGUACGGUGGGAGGCCCGAGUUCAUCGCUUCGUUCCUGCAAGAUAUUGUCCAACAGACAGCCGAACCCGGCAAGCCAUCAUUGACCAGUGUACGAAUAAUUUUCUCCAGUCGGCCUUGGAAAGUAAUUCACGACGAGUUUGCGGCAUGCCCAGGAUUUCAAAUUCACGACUACACUGGGAACGACAUCUUCGAGUUUUGUGUUGCGAAUAUUCCUCCCGAACACACCGCAAAGUCCUUAUUAGCCCCCUUCGCGACGGAAAUUGUUCGCAGGGCCCGCGGCGUGUUUCUUUGGGUCGAGCUGGUUAUGCGGGACCUCACUAAGAUAGUGCUACGCGGACAUCAGCUGCAAGGUCCCGAAGAAUUGGGAUUGGAGUUACGCAAGACCCUAGACUCAAUUCCGGAUGAGCUGGAUGACUACUAUCACCUUAUCCUGCAGCGUAUCCCGCUUGGUAACCGUUGGGACAGCUACGUUGUCCUGGAGACGAUUUGCCGUUCUGCCCAAGAGGUAGAAACUGGGACAAUGCUCGAAAUUCUGAAGUGUUCGUCCGCCAAAUCAUUCGCAGACGCGAAGCACAAACUCAGCCAGAUCUCACACAUGGCUUCGGACGGCUCAAGGCUGAAACGGGGCAAGCUUUCCAUUGAAACCGUGUCGGGCGGCCUCGUGGAAAUCGGUGGUCAUUCCAGCAGAGGGGAGCCCACAUGGCAGUUCAUGCACCAAACCGUAAAACAGUUUGUCGAAGGUCCCCAGUUGAAACUUCGGCUUCUCGGAAACACUAUCGGCGCGUUUUCCACUGAGAAUGGGCAUUACUUCAUCGCGAAGCAUCGUUUUGUCCACGGUGAUUUCGACGAACGUUUCUUCCGUCAUGCAAGAAAGGCAGAGGUCACCACGGGCUACAGUCAGUACGACUUUUUCAGUACAGCACCAUCAGACCACUACUCUACUGCCAUGGUCGGAAUGGGCGAAGCAGGCCAAGAAAUCCCUGGUUUCCAGCAAAAAGCUCUCGUCAGGUCCUUGAAGUCGGGUGGAGCAGCUGCGUAUUACCAGGGCUCGCCUGUGGAGCGAGAUCUUUACCAUCCGUCAUCCAUGAUCGAGCUGGCAGUUCUUGCUGGCCUGCAACUCUGCAUCCGCGAUUCUUGCGAGGCAAAUCCAUCGUGCAUUCGAGACAGUUCAGUCAACCUCCUAGAGAUCUGGAAUGAAGCGGCGAUAGCAAGUAAGCGUCGAGCUGACAUUGAAAGGAACAUCAACAUAGCGGAGCUCUUGGUGGCGAAAGGCCUUUCCAUCAGUUUGGAGGCAGAUCUGCUUCGUCAGGCUAGACCGAAGUUGAUUCUAGCGCUACUUGCCCGAGGCUUCCUUCCCACCAACCUAGACACUGAUGGGGAGACGCCCUUGGACUUUGUUUUAAGGUCGGAAGAUCCGCGGCUGGAUUUGGAGGAAAAGUAUGACAUCGUAUCCCAACUGGUCUGCAAAGGCGGUCUAUUACGGUCAACACCACGAUGGCUAUGGGCGGACUUCGAAACCAUGUGUGCAUCUGAACAUCUUGAUACGACACUCUUUCGGCAGGCUGGGUUCCCACUCUGGUAUUCAGACACAGAACCCGCAAGCGAGAACAAAUACUUGCGAUCUCAUUUGUCUCGAUCAGACACAGAACCCGCAAGCAAGAACAAAUACUUGCGAUCUCAUUUGUCUCGAUUUUUACCAUCGUGGAAGAAGAAGACCACACAUGCAUAACACAGAUAGACCCAAAGCGUACGUAUUCUUAGUAACUAGUGGCAAAACUAUCCGGAGAUUACCAAGA